GUGUGUGUCUCCUCCUCCUCUCCGGAGGAAGGGGCGGUCUGAGCGCCACAGCAGAUCCGGAAUCAGAGUUCGCUGGCUCGGCUCCGCUCGGCUCCGCUCGGCUCGGUCGGUCGCUGGGUAGUUGGGCUCCUGGUUCGGUUCCAGCCUCCAGACUCGGACAGACAUCUUCACGAAGGAGGAGCAGGAGGAGAAGCAGGAGAAGCAGGAGAAGCAGAGUUUGUAGUGGAAGAGCCGUGUGACGGAGGGAGGAGCCGCCGGAGUCCAGAGGAGGAGAAGUAGAAGGAGGAGAAGAUGCCGCUGGCUCAGCUGGCUGACCCCUGGCAGAAGAUGGCUGUGGGGGGGACGGCAGGAGAGGAUGCUCAUCACGACCCUGAGGACUCUGCGGGCGAUGACGACUCCAUGCCUCCUUGCACCGAUGACGUGCACAUUAAUGAGAUCAGUAUCACACACCACGUGAAGGAGGGAUCAGAGAAGGCCGACCCUCGACAGUUCGAGCUCCGCAAAGUCCUGGGACAGGGCUCCUUCGGCAAGGUGUUCCUGGUGAGGAAGAUCUCAGGGCCAGACGCCGGUCAGCUUUACGCCAUGAAGGUCCUGAAGAAAGCCACACUGAAAGUGCGUGACCGGGUCAGGACAAAGAUGGAGAGGGACAUCCUGGUGGAGGUCAACCAUCCCUUCAUUGUAAAACUGCACUACGCAUUUCAGACGGAGGGGAAGCUCUACUUGAUCCUGGAUUUUCUCCGAGGAGGAGAUCUCUUCACUCGUCUCUCUAAGGAGGUAAUGUUCACAGAGGAGGAUGUAAAGUUCUACUUGGCUGAACUCGCUCUGGCACUCGAUCACCUUCACGGCCUCGGCAUCAUUUACAGAGACCUCAAACCUGAGAACAUCCUGCUCGACGAGGAAGGACACAUCAAACUGACUGACUUUGGCCUCAGCAAGGAGUCAAUCGACCACGAGAACAAAGCCUACUCCUUCUGUGGGACGGUGGAGUACAUGGCUCCUGAGGUGGUGAACAGGCGAGGACACACGCACAGCGCCGACUGGUGGUCAUACGGCGUGCUGAUGUUUGAGAUGCUGACGGGAACGCUGCCGUUUCAAGGCAAAGACCGGAAAGAGACGAUGACCAUGAUCCUCAAGGCAAAGUUGGGGAUGCCACAGUUUCUGAGCUCGGAAGCUCAGAGUCUCCUCAGGAACCUUUUCAAACGGAACCCGGCCAACAGAUUAGGAGCUGGACCAGACGGAGUGGAGGAGAUCAAGAGGCAUCAGUUCUUCAUCACCAUCGACUGGAACAAACUGUACCGCAGAGAGAUCCCGCCUCCUUUCAAACCGGCGUCAGGACGACCUGAUGACACGUUCUAUUUCGAUCCAGAGUUCACAGCUAAAACACCCAGAGAUUCUCCGGGGAUUCCUCCCAGUGCCAACGCCCAUCAGCUGUUCAGAGGAUUCAGUUUUGUGGCCAUAACAGAGGAGGAAACACAACCACUACCUAAUGCUAUAGUUCAGCAGCUGCACAGAAGCACGUCCCAGUUCUCAGACGCCUACGAGAUCAAGGAGGACAUCGGCGUCGGCUCAUACUCCAUCUGCAAACGCUGCGUACACAAAGGAACCGGCAUGGAGUACGCCGUCAAGAUCAUCAACAAGGUCAAGAGAGACCCGACGGAGGAGGUGGAGAUCCUGCUGAGAUACGGACAACACCCCAACAUCAUCACCCUGAAGGACGUGUAUGACGACGGCCGCUCCGUGUUUCUGGUGACGGAGCUGAUGAAAGGAGGCGAGCUGCUGGAUAAAAUCCUCCGACAGAAGUUUUUCUCUGAGAGAGAAGCCAGCGCUGUUCUCUACACCAUCACCAAGACGCUGGAGUACCUGCACGUCCAGGGGGUGGUGCACAGAGACCUGAAGCCCAGUAACAUCCUGUACGUGGACGAGAGCGGGAACGCCGAGUCCAUCAGGAUCUGCGACUUCGGUUUCGCCAAACAGCUGAGAGCGGAGAACGGGCUGCUCAUGACGCCGUGUUACACCGCCAACUUUGUCGCGCCAGAGGUGUUGAAGAAGCAGGGUUACGAUGCAGCCUGUGACAUCUGGAGUCUCGGAGUCCUGCUCUACACGAUGUUAACAGGCUUCACUCCGUUUGCCAACGGCCCCGAGGACACACCGGAGGAGAUCCUGGCUCGUAUCGGCAGCGGAAAGUUCUCACUCAGUGGAGGAUACUGGACGUCUGUGUCUUCUGAGGCUAAGGAUCUGGUGUCCAAGAUGCUGCACGUGGACCCUCACCAGCGGCUGACGGCAGGUCAGGUCCUCAGACACCCCUGGGUGACGCACAGAGACCAGCUGCCUAAGUACACCCUCAACAGGCAGGACGCACCGCACCUCGUCAAGGGGGCGAUGGCAGCCACCUACUCGGCCCUCAACAGGAACGUCCCUCCGGUCCUGGAGCCGGUGGGCUGCUCCACUCUGGCGCAGCGGAGAGGCAUGAAGAAGAUCACCUCCACCGCUCUGUGACCUUUACACCCUCCCCACACACCUACUCCCAUCAACUCUGACCUCGAUCUGACCUCUGCCGGACAAACCCCCGACCACCACCACCACCACCACCCCCCUCCCUCCUGUCCGGCGGUACAGACUACUGAUGGACCAGGGAACCGCUGACGCCAAAUAGGAGCCCUCCCCCUCCUCCCCUCCACUUCCUGUCCUGCACCUUAAGGGACUCUCCUGAUUGGAUCAUCUGCUGUCUCACUGUAGAGUCCCAGCUUCUCCCAUCGACAGCCGGACUGAGCUGCAGCGACAAACCGGUCGACUCCUUCCCGCCGCCGAGGCCGAGUCCUCCGGCGGCGUUUUUGCUUUGGACAAUCACAGCUGCCUCGUGAACCCGAGACGCGUCAGGAAAAUGAAAGUACUGUAUUUAUUUACUUCAAAACUAGUUGGGAUCUGAACAUAGGAACAUUAUAAUCUAAUGUAUGCAUUUAAAGAGCCAGAUCAUCGUCUUCAAGCUGGCGUCAUGUCGUGCGUAGCUGUAGAUUUACACCUCAAGUCGCCUCUGAGAUGACGGCGUCUGCAGAGGACCGAGGGGGUGACUGAGGGCGGGAGGCAGAUUCAUGUUGAAGUCUCAUUGAAACGAGUCCGAGCACAAGAUGAACAGUCACGAGCAGAUUCUGCCUUUUUUAGCUUCACUUUAAAGCUACACAAGGCGCAGAAAUAUUCUUGGACGCCCCCUGGUGGCCACAUAUUUAAAUUGUAUGCACUCCAUUAAAAUUAUGCAAAGUAACGGCAGUAAAAACAAUUUUUUGGGUGAAAGAACUAUUAAUAUUCUGCUCUGUUCCGACACCUGGGAGAGGAAAUUAGUUCACGCAAAAACAUUGAGAAAGUAUCUUUCAUGAUGAUGAAUCUGUGAAGGAGUCGUGUUUUUGCAGCGAGCUCGUCCCUCGUGCAGCUUUAACACGUCAGUAUAUUUGAAUUAUCUUUUACAGCUUGAGGCUUCAACUCGACGCCUGACGGGUGAAAAGUUAGAAAACGUGCGCGAGUUAGUUCUUUUUUUCCUUCUCACAAAACAACCAACCGCUGGAGCGAGAACAGUCGAGCCCGGACGACCUCCUGCACGAGCCGCCUGAUCCUCGCUGUUCGGUGCAGCCGACAGGGAACGGAACUGUAAAUACAAACUCGUCGAGUUACUCAGGUUUCUAUGAAUCAAGACGAUGCAUUUUUAUAUAUCUCUGAGGAGGAGGAGGAGGAGGAGGAGGGAGGUGGACGUACGGAGCACAGACGUGGGUGAUGGGAGAGAGACUUUUAUCAGAGACGCUGGAGAAUCAUGAGAAGAAUUAAAUUCCAAAACCCGAUUGAUGCAUUUUGUCUUUAUGGACGUCUUCAAUCUCCACCCUUCAUCCUCAGACACACGGAUGAUGAUGAAGAUGAGGGUGAUGACGUGUCAUGGCUGAGAUGGAGAGAAUCAUGUGUCAGCUGAACCCUUUAAAAACUCACCUGUGUAACAGAAAAACAAUUCAGGCUUCAGAUCCAUAUAUUAACAUGUUUAAAGGGUUCGUUCACCCAAACUACUGAAGAGAGGAAACUUUCACAUCAAGCUGUUAAUGUUUUAUUCGUAGUUUGGGUGAACUGGUCCUUUAAGUUGGACUUGUAGAAGGCCUGCUGUUGGAGGCGACCUCCAGCUGAUCAGGGCGUCGUGUUUCUGCAGUGUGAAGUAAACUCGACGAGCGGCCUGAAGACAACGAGCACUUCAAAAUACAAACUCAUGUUCAGGCGACUGAUCAGAAUCUGAUUCUUCCGCUGCUCGAGUCAACAUCAAGGGAUUAAACGUCUGAUUUGAUUUUCUACAUCAUAUGAAUUAUAUAAAUGUUGGUCUUUGCCUCGUCGGUCGAUGAGCAGCUCUGGGAUAAAGGAAUGUAAAAGGAAUGAUUUUUUUUUUCUGUAAACGGGAACAGCUUUCUCUUUUCUUCUUCUGUUUUCUGCUCCUGUCAGAGACGCGUUCGGCCCUGCUGCUAAGCCAGCUCUCUGUUUUUGUACCUGCAGCGAGAGUUGGACUUUCUAUUAAAAACAAUAAAAGAAUAAUCAGCA